AUGAUUUCCAUUGCGAGACCUUCGGUCCUGCGAGCGGCGCGGUCGCAGCUCUACCCGUCGCGGGCUGUCCACGAGACCCGAUUUUCGGCAUUCGCGCGACUCCUGUCGACUCUCGCAGUCCUGGAACAGCGAAAUGGCAAGCUCCAGCCAUCAUCUCUCUCUGCGAUUGCGGCGGCACAGAAGCUCGGCGGCUCGAUAACGGGGUUCGUUGCAGGCAGCGGCGUCAAAGCGACUGCAGCUGCUGAGGCGGCCAAGAUCAAGGGCCUGGAGAAAGUCGUGGCGGUGGAGAAUGACGCAUACGAGAAGGGUCUGCCUGAGAAUUUCGCUCCUCUUCUCGUCGAAAACAUCAAGAAGGGCGGCUAUACCCAUGUGAUUGCUGGACACUCGGCAUUCGGGAAGAACCUUUUGCCCCGUGUGGCCGCGCUGUUGGAUGUCCAGCAGGUCUCGGAUAUCACGGCCAUUGAGAGCGAAGACACUUUUGUGCGUCCGAUCUACGCUGGAAAUGCCAUCCUCACGGUCCAGUCAGAGGACCCCAUCAAGGUGAUCACCGUUCGAGGCACGGCCUUCCAGGGUGCUGAGACCGAAGGCGGCUCCGCCGAGAUUGUGGACGGAGCAGACCCCCAGGCUCCUUCUCCUACGGAAUGGGUAUCUGAGGAUCUUGCCAAGUCGGAUCGUCCGGACCUGGCGACGGCAUCCCGUGUCGUGUCGGGUGGUCGUGGUCUGAAGUCGAAGGAGGAUUUCGACCGACUCAUCCCUCCGCUGGCAGAUGCCCUGGGCGCAGCGAUCGGCGCGUCUCGUGCCGCCGUCGACAGCGGAUUCGCAGACAACAGUCUGCAGGUUGGCCAGACGGGGAAGAACGUUGCUCCUCAGCUGUACCUGUGCGCUGGUAUCUCGGGGGCCAUUCAACAUCUGGCGGGAAUGAAGGACAGCAAGGUGAUUGCGGCGAUCAACAAGGACCCCGAGGCGCCUAUUUUCCAGGUGGCCGAUGUGGGACUGGUGGGCGAUCUGUUCGAGAAAGUGCCCGAGUUGACGGAAAAGCUGAAGAAAUAG